AUGGAUCCUUUACGUUCUUUAAUUGAAGAUGCAUUAGAAUUGCAAAGAAAACGUUAUCCUUCUUAUAAAGAUUUAGAAUUGGAGCAAUUUAAAUAUGCAGAAAAUUUUGAAGAUCUUAUGAAUGAAGAUGGUGAAGAUAAUGAUAUAAUGAUUGAAAUUAAAGAAGCUUUUAUUGAUAAAAAAUUUAUUAAUAAGACGAAAAUGGAAAUAGAAUCUUUGCAAAGUACAAAGAAAAUUAUUCAACCGAAAAUAGAGAAAAAGAAACAAACUACCAAAGAAAUUAUGAUGGAAUUAGUACAGAAGGAUAGAGAACAGUUUAUAUAUUUACAAACAAUACAACCUAAACUACCAUCAGAACAAAGAAAUACUGUAUUGAAAAGAUAUUAUAGAGAAUUGGAUAGAACUUUAAGAGAUUUUUCGGCUUUAUCUGGAAGAAAAAUGCAUUUUAUUAUGCAAAAUGUAAAAAAAAUUGAAAAUUAUCCUUCUCGCUUAUUUAUGAAUAUUAUACAACGUUUAGCUGAAGAUUUUAAAAUAUUCAAAAAGGCCCAUGCAUUUAUUGAAAAAGAAAAGGUUUUAUUUCCUAAUGUUCUUUCUGAAACAAUGUUAAUCAAUUAUAUAUUUGAUAUACCAAAUAAUGUACCAAGAAGUCAAGCGAUAUUAAUAGCAGUAACAUUAAUUGAUUUACAAGAAGAUUAUCGAUAUGAAGUUAAACGUGCUCUUUUACGUUAUAUAUUAAAAUCACCAUAUCAAAGAAAAUUGCUUUGUUUGGAAGAAGAACCACCAGAAUUUCCACGUAUAACAAUAAAAGCACCAAUACCAUGGAAAGUUAAUAUACAAAUAGCAAUUAAUAGAUUAGAUCAAGUGUUAAUGGUUACACAUCCAGCAUUAACUGCUUUAAAUGUUUUAUGGUUUCAAUUUUAUAAUGAUAUGGUGAUUGUGGAUACAAAUAAAUUUUAUGAGAAACCGAUUCCAUUGAAUGCAGAUGAAAUUUUAGCACUUGUUAGACAAAGCUGUUUAUUAGCUAGAGAUAUUUUAAUAAAUGAUUGGUUACCAAGAUGUGCUGAUUUACUAGAUGCUAUGAAAAAAACAUGGAAAGAAUAUAUUCCAAUGAAUAGUAAAUAUGGUGGUCGAGCUGCAAUAUUUUUUAAUUGUAUACAUGCUUUAAUGUCUUUACAAUUACAAGGUUUAAUUAAAAGGAAUUUGGAUCAAUUUUAUAAUGUUUUAAAAGUUUAUAAGGAUGGAAAUUUAAUGGAUAAAUAUGAUUUUAUGAAUCCAAAAUUAAUUCGUAAUCCAUUGAUGACUAUUGUUGUAUCAAUAGUAGGAAGACAUUUUAUAAAAACUGAUGAUUUAGAAGAAAGUACUUCUGAAAUUUAUAAAUUUGAUGCUGACGAUCCGAAAUUAUUUGAUUCUGGCUUAAAUGAAAAGGAACCUGUAACAAUGGAAUUCUCAACCGAAUUUAUUAUGAAAAAUAGUGGAAAAAUGUUUGUUUAUCCUUAUAUGUGUGAAUUACCAAAAUUUUUUGUUAAUAUUUUUCGAAGUAUAUUAAGGGUCGGAUAUUAUGUACCAAGACUUGAAUUUUUAAUGUCCCAAAGAGAGGAUCAAUUAGGCUAUUUAUUUUGUAUACAUGAAAGUCAUUCUGAUAUGGAAGAAUUAUAUAAAAGUAUUUGUGAUAUUAUUGAAGCAAAUUGGAUAGGUCCAAGAAUUUAUUUAUAUCCAAUUUAUACUUAUUAUUUUCCUCUGUUAUCGGGUAAAAUGAUAGCUAUGAUGCAAAAUGUAUUUACACAAAGGAAUAUUCCUAGUUUACAGACAUUUCAAUUGUUAAUGACACGUUUAAGAGAAUUGCUUGAAGAAAUUUAUAUGCUGAUUGAUUUUACACCAAUGAAUUUAUUUAUGAUUGAUACAAGACAUGUUAAUAAGACCUUAGAUAUGCUUGUUAAUGAUAUCAUAAAUUAUAUAACAAAUUACUUUAAAAUAUUAAAUCGUAAUGAAAAUAAAAGGAUAUGUAAUGAAUUAGAAGAUAUGUCAAUGAAAGCAGGGGAACGUCCAGAAGAAACAGUUGAAGUUGUUGCAUUACAAAAUUAUUUAAUGGAAUGUCGGGAUGAAAAAAUUUAUAAAAUAAAAGAAGAUAUUGCAGUUGCUUUGAAAAGAGUUAUAUUUCUUUUAUAUUAUUCAACAAUGUCACAUGAUGAUCUUCAUUUAAAUACAAGAACAUUUUUAUUACCAGCUGAAUUAGAAAAAGUUCUUGACCUAAGUGCAAGUAGAUUAUUAGUAGUUAGAGAAAAUCUUGAGGUUCUUAUCAGAGAGAAACGUCUUAAAUUUGAAAAAUAUGUACUAACUGAAAAGAAAAGAAUUGAUGCAUUCCGUUUAAAAGAAGUUCGAGAUAUUUUAACAAUUGAAGAACUUAGAGAAAGAGUUGAAACUGUAAAUGAAUUAUUUGAAAUAUUGGAGAAUUGUAGUAAAGAAGCUAAAUCAAUUAAUGUAGAAGAAGAAUUACUUCAACUUGAAGUAACACAAUUUCCUGUUCUAGCUGAUCUAAUUGAAAAACUUGAGCCAAUUGAAAAAUUAUGGAAAACAGCAUUUGAAUUUGAAAAUAGCUAUGAGAUAUGGAUGUACGGACCAUUUGAAAACUUAAAUGCUGAUGCAAUAAGAGAAAGUGUUGACAGCAUGUAUAAAAUAAUUUUUAAAUUAACCCGCCAAUUAGUUUCGAAUCCAUUGGCUAAAAGAGCUGCCGAACAAGUUCGUAUGAAAAUUGAUAAAUUUAGAGUUUAUUUACCAGUAUUAGAUUCAAUAUGUCGUCAAGGUUUAGAAGAAAGACAUUGGAAUCAAAUUUCUGAUACAUUAGGCAAACCAAUUAAUCCAGAAUUAUAUAAUUCGGCUAAAGAUAUGAUUGAUGCCGACAUUAUGACAAUUUUACCCGAGUUAGAAACAAUAUCAAAUGCUGCCGGAAAAGAAUUUGAAUUAAAUAAUCAAUUGAUUGCAAUGCAAUUAGAAUGGAAACAAGUUAAAUUUGAUUUAUUACAAUAUCGUGAUUCUGAUACAUUUAUUUUGGCAUCAAUUGAUGAUAUACAAACUUUGUUAGAUGAUCAAGUAUUAAAAUCACAAGCAAUGAGACGUUCACCAUUUAUUGCGGCAUUGGGAACAAAAGCGGAUGAUUGGGAAGAAAAAUUAGUUUCAAUGCAAGAUAUUAUUGAUUCAUGGAUAACGGUGCAAUCAACUUGGAUGUAUUUAGAACCAAUUUUUAGUUCUGAAGAUAUUAUGAGACAAAUGCCAAUUGAAGGUAGAAAUUUUAAGGCUGUUGAUAAAUUAUGGCGAAAAAUAAUGAAAAGUACUUCAACAAAUCCUAAUGUUAUUGAAGCAACAGAUUAUCCAGAUUUAGUAGAAAUAUUUCGUAAAGCUGUUAUUGAUUUAGAAUGUGUUCAGAAAGGUUUAAAUUCGUAUUUAGAACAGAAAAGAUUAUUUUUUGCUCGAUUUUUCUUUUUAUCUAAUGACGAAUUGUUAGAAAUUUUAUCAGAAACUAAAGAUCCAAUGAGAGUGCAACCGCAUAUGAAGAAAUGUUUCGAAGGAAUAUAUGCCUUAAAUUUUGAUGAAAAUCAGGAAAUUACAGCUAUUAUUUCAUCAGAAGAUGAAGUUGUUAAAUUACAAAAAAAAGUUAGUCCAGCUAUUGCUAAUGGACUUGUUGAAAUCUGGUUAAAAGAACUUGAAAUGGUAAUGACUGAAACUAUUCAUGAACGGUUAAAACAAGCUUGGGAAGAUUAUUUUGCAAUUGAACGUAUAAGAUGGGUAUUAACAUGGCCAGGGCAAAUUGUUCAAGCAAUCGCAUGUACAGCUUGGACAAGUGAGACCGGAGAAGCAAUUGAAGCUAAUAAAAUCUCUGAAUAUGUAGAUAAAUGUGCAACACAAAUUGACGAAUUAGUAGGUCUAGUGAGAAAUCCUUUAUCAAGUGGUCAGAGAAUUACAAUUGAAGCUUUAAUAAUACUCGAUGUUCAUGCUCGAGAUGUUACAAAGAAUUUAGCAGAUGAAAAUAUUUCUUCACUUAUCGAGUUCGAUUGGAUUUCUCAGUUGCGAUACUCAUGGAAACAAGAAAGUAAAAUUGAUUAUCUGACAGUCAGUAUGGUUGUUACAGAUAUUAGAUAUGCUUUAGAGUAUUUAGGAAAUAUUUCACGCCUUGUUGUUACUCCGUUGACUGACCGCUGCUAUAGAACUUUAAUGGGGGCAUUGAAAUUAUGCCUCGGUGGUGCACCCGAAGGUCCAGCUGGUACUGGUAAAACUGAAACAUGUAAAGAUUUAGCUAAAGCUGUAGCAAAAAAAUGUGUUGUUUUCAAUUGCUCCGAAGGUUUGGAUUACAAAGCAUUAGGAAAAUUUUUUAAGGGUCUAGCACAAUCGGGCGCUUGGGCAUGUUUCGAUGAAUUCAAUCGAAUAGAAUUGGAAGUGUUAUCGGUUGUAGCACAACAAAUACUAACUUUACAACGUGCUAUAGGUAGAAAACUUGUGAAAUUUUAUUUCGAAGAUGCGUACUUAAAACUAGAUCCAACUUGCGCCUGUUUUAUAACAAUGAACCCAGGUUAUGCUGGACGUACUGAAUUACCAGACAAUCUUAAAGUUCUUUUUCGUACUGUUGCAAUGAUGGUACCAGAUUAUGCUAUGAUCGGAGAAAUUACACUUUAUUCAAAUGGGUUUAAUAAUGCUCGCCCUUUAGCACAAAAAAUCGUUCAAGCUUAUAAAUUAUGUUCAGAGCAGUUGUCAUCACAAACUCAUUAUGAUUAUGGCAUGAGAGCUGUAAAAUCAGUUUUAUUAGCAUCAGCAGCAUUACGUCGUAUACAUCAGAAUUUACCUGAAGAAAAAAUCGUACUUAGAGCUAUUGUCGAUGUUAAUUUACCAAAAUUUUUAGAACAAGAUGUCUCAUUAUUUAAAGGGAUUUAUAUGGAUUUGUUUCCUGAAAUAGAAUUGCCCGAGCCGUCCCGAGAAGAUAUGGUUAAAUGGAUAAAGAAAAUUUUAGAGGAUAAAAAUUUACAGGCAACUGAAUGGUAUGUCGAGAAAAUUCUUCAAAUUUAUGAAAUGCUUUUAGUUCGUCAUGGUUUGAUGAUAAUCGGUGGUCCAAUGGCUGGAAAAACAACUGCUUAUCAGACUUUAGCUAAUGUGUUGCGCAGUUUAAGUAAAGAUAAUGAAUCAACUCAAAAGGAACUUUAUACAAAUUAUAGAAUAAUAAAUCCAAAAGCUAUAACUUUGGGUCAAUUAUAUGGUUGUUUUGAUUCUGUUUCACAUGAAUGGUCAGAUGGUGUUUUAGCAAAAACAUUUCGUGAUUUUGCAAAUGGUUCUAAAACUGAAAGAUAUUGGGUUAUGUUUGAUGGACCAGUUGAUGCUAUUUGGAUUGAAAGUUUAAAUACUGUUUUAGAUGAUAAUAAAAUUUUAUGUUUAAUGUCUGGUGAAAUAAUUCAAAUGUCAAAAACAAUGAAUAUGAUGUUUGAACCAGCGGAUUUAGAUCAAGCAUCACCAGCUACAGUAUCACGUUGUGGUAUGAUUUACAUGGAACCAGAUAUGUUGGGAUGGAAAGCCCUUCAUCAUAGUUUUAUGAAAGUUUUAGAAAAGUACGAGGGUUUAAAUGAUAUCUAUUUCAAUUUAUAUACAGAUAUAGUAGAAUGGAUAAUUCCAGCUGCCUUAAAUGUAUUAAAAGAAUGUAAAGCUAUGUUGGAGACGUCAUCAUUGUAUCAGUAUAAAAUGUUAACUAUAUUAUUUUCACAUUUCUUGGAUAAGCAAACAUCAUAUAAUCAAGUGUGGUUCCAACAAACUUUUAUUUUUUGUUUUGGAUGGGCAUAUGGUUCUGCUCUUACAGUUGAAGGACAUACACAUUUUGAUAUGAGAAUACGUAAAAUAUUAACUGGAAAAGAUGAAGAUUACCCAAAAUCAAAAUAUUAUUCAUUAAAUAAAGGACAAUUAUGGCCAGAAAAAUUAUUAUAUAUUGAUUAUAAAUUUGAUGAGAAUGAAAAUUGGUGGCCAUGGCAAAAAUCUGAAGAAAUUAAUUUUCCUGAAAAUGCUGAACUAAGUGAAUUAAUUGUACCAACAAAAGAAACUGGUUACAUAUUAUAUUGGUUAGAAUUUUGUAUAGAAAAAGAAAUAUCAAUGUUAUUAAGUGGUCCAACUGGUACUGGUAAAAGUUGUACUAUUUCGAAUUAUAUUUAUAAUUUAUCCAAAAAUUCAUAUAUGAUAAAUACAAUAAAUUUAUCGGCAAGAACAAGUGCCCAACAGGUUCAAGAAACAAUUAUGACAAAAUUGGAUAGAAGACGUAAAGGAGCUUUUGGUCCACCAGUUGGGAAAAAGUUUAUAAUUUUUUGUGAUGAUUUGGCAAUGCCAUCAAAAGAUACAUAUGGUGCACAACCGCCUCUUGAAUUAAUCAGAACCUGGUUAGAUCAUGGGUAUUGGUCAGAUUUAAAAGACACUACAAAACUAGAAUUAUUGGAUUUGCAAUUUGUUGGUGCAAUGGGUCAAUUAGGUGGCAGUAAUUUCAUUUUUCCUAGAUUUUAUCGUCAUACGUUUACAAUAGCUGUUGAUACGUUUAAAGAUACUACAAUAAAUCGAAUUUUUACAGUAUUAGGUGAAUGGCAUUUUUCAAAGAAAUAUUCUGAAAAAAUUCAAUAUUUAUUAAAGGGUCUCGCUGAUGCGUUAGUAAAAACAUAUUGUAUGGCAUUAUCGGUAUUUUUACCAACACCGUUAAAAUCUCAUUAUACAUUUUCUUUGAGAGAUGUAACAAGAGUUUUUCAGGGCAUGAUUAUGGUACCACCAAAAAGAUUAUCUGAUGCAGAUAAAUUUGCCAGAUUAUGGUGUCAUGAAACAUAUAGGGUUUAUUAUGAUCGUUUAAUUGAUGAAAAUGAUCGAGAAGAAUUAUUAAAUAUUGUUCGAAAAACUUGUAAAGAAAAUUUAAGAUUUUCACUUGAACAAAUUUUUGGAAAACGUAUACCAUCAGGAGAAACCGUAACUACUGAUCAUAUAAGAAAUUUAUUUUUUGGAAAUUAUAUGGAACCGGAUGCUGAUCCAAAAAUUUAUGAUGAAGUUGAAAGUUAUGAAAAAUUAGAAAAAGUUAUGCACUUUUAUUUACAAGAUUAUAAUACAUUUUCGAAUACGCCAAUGGAUUUGGUACUUUUUAGAUUUGCAAUAGAGCAUAUUUCAAGAGUUACAAGAGUUUUAACAAUGAAGAGAGGUAAUAUAUUAAUGGUUGGUGUUGGUGGUUCUGGUAGAAGAAGUUCUGUUAAAUUAGCUGCAAAUAUAUGUGAUGCCAAAUUAUUAACAGUUAAUAUUACAAAAUCAUAUACAACAAAUGAUUGGAGAGAUGAUAUUAAAAAUACUUUAAUGCAUGCUGGUUUUAAUUUAAAACCAACAAUUUUUAUGUUCUCAGAUACUCAGGCUACAGAUGAAGGAUUUAUUGAAGAUAUUAACGCUAUUUUAAAUACCGGCGAUUUACCAAAUUUAUAUCAAGCCGAUGAGAAAGCCACUAUUAUGGAAAAUAUGACAACUGUGGCUAAACAGCUUGAUAAGAAACUCGAUGGAACACCAACAGAAGUUUUUGGAUUUUAUAUUGAACAAAUUAAAGAUCAAUUACAUUUUGCAUUAGCUUUUACUCCAAUUGGUGAAGCAUUUAAAGAACGUUUAAGAAUGUUCCCAUCAUUAGUUAACUGUUGUACAAUCGACUGGUUCAUUGCAUGGCCUCAUGAUGCUUUAGUACGAGUUGCAGAAUAUUUUAUAGGUUCAAUGAAUUUGAAUAAAGAAGAAGAAGAAGAAGAGGAAAAAGAAAAUCCUGUUAUUCAAGAUGAAUCCGCUCAAGUAGAUGACAGUAAAACAACUGGAACUAUUGAAAAUAUACAAGAAAUUAUACUUUCUGAUUUGGAAAAAGCCUUAGUUGAAUCUGUAAUAUUUUUCAAUGUAUCAAUUACGGAAGCUAGUGAAAAAUGUUUCUCAGAACUUGGAAGACAAAACUAUGUUACACCGACAUCAUAUUUACAAAUGUUAUUAUCAUUUAAGUCAUUUUAUAUCAAAAAAUAUGAUGAAAUCGUUCAGUUAAGAGAUCGAUACACAAUUGGUUUGGAGAAAUUAGAUUUUGCUGCAUCACAAGUUACUGAAAUGCAAGAAAAUCUUUAUAAAUUACAACCACAAUUAAAAAUUUUAUCAGAAGAAACUGAUAAAAUAAUGGUUAAUAUUGAACGUGAAACAGCUGAAGCUGAAAAGAAAAAAGAAGUUGUUGGUGCUGAUGAAGCAGCUGCUAAUGAAGCUGCAGCUGCUGCACAAGCUAUUAAAGAUGAUUGUGAAAGUGAUUUAGCUGAAGCUAUACCAGCUUUAGAAUCAGCACUUGAUGCUCUAAAUACACUUAAACCAGCCGAUAUAGUUGUUGUUAAAUCAAUGAAAAAUCCUCCAUAUGCUGUUAAACUUGUCUUAGAAGCAGUAUGUGUUAUAAAAGGAAUAAAACCAGAUAGGAAACCCGAUGCAACUGGCAGAAUGGGAGAAGAUUAUUGGACUCCAUCACAGAAAAUGUUAGGGGAUAUGAAAUUUUUAGAAAAUCUAAAAACUUUUGAUAAAGAUAAUAUUCCACAAGCAAACAUUAAAAAAAUACGAGAAAAAUAUAUACCAGAUCGCGAUUUUAUACCAGAUAAAAUAAAAUCGGCUUCAACAGCAUGUGAAGGUCUCUGUCGAUGGGUUCGUGCCAUGGACGUUUAUGAUAAAGUUGCAAAGAUUGUUGCACCAAAAAAAUUAGCAUUAGCCGAAGCGGAAACUGAAUUACAGGCACAAAUGGAAAAAUUAAAUGCUAAACGAGCUGAACUUCAGGAUGUUUUAGAUAAGUUACAGAAAUUAAAUGAUUAUUUUGCUGAAAAAUCACGUGAGAAAAAAGGUUUAGAAGAUGAAAUUGAUAACUGCGAAAAGAAAUUAAAUAGAGCUGAAAAACUACUAGGUGGUUUGGGAGGUGAAAAAACUAGAUGGUCUGAAUCAGCAAAUCGGUUACAUAAAUCACUUCAUAAUGUUGUUGGUGAUGUAUUACUUGCUGCUGGAUGUAUUGCUUAUUUAGGAUUUUUUCCGACUGAAUAUCGUGCUAAUAUUAUUAAUUGUUGGAAUCAGUUAUGUAUUGAAAAAGAAAUUCCAUGCUCAGAAAAAUUUUCUUUAAUAACAACUUUAGGACAUCCAAUGAAGAUUAGGGCUUGGUCAUUAGCUGGUUUGCCAGCGGAUAAUUUUUCGGUAGAAAAUGCAAUUAUUGUUGCCAACUCCAAUAGAUAUCCAUUAAUGAUUGAUCCUCAAGAACAAGCAAAUAAAUGGAUUAAAACAAUGGAAAAAGUUAAUAAUAUUCAAGUUGUUAAGUUAACUGAUGAUAAUUAUAUGAAAGUAUUAGAAUCAUCUAUGGAAUUAGGUACACCAGUUUUAAUUGAAAAUGUUGGUGAAAAAUUAGAUCCAAAUCUAUCGCCAAUUCUUGAAAAAAAUGUUAUCAAACAAAAAGGUGCUUUUUAUAUUAAGUGUGGGGAAAAUCUUUUGGAUUACAAUCACAAUUUUCGUUUAUACAUUACAACAUGUUUACGCAAUCCACAUUAUUCUCCAGAAACUAUGGUAAUGGUUACAAUUAUAAAUUUUAUGAUUACUGAACAAGGAUUACGAGAACAAUUAUUAGCAACAGUUGUAGCACACGAACGUCCCGAUUUACAAGAAAAGAAAGAACAAUUAAUUGUUGAGUCAGCUGCAAAUCGUGAUGCUUUAUAUAACAUUGAAUCAAAAAUUUUAGAGGUUCUGUCUUGUUCUGAAGGGAACGUUUUAGAGGAUGAAAAUGCAAUCAACAUUUUAUCGUCUAGUAAGGUAUUAUCAGAGGAAAUCCAAGAAAAACAAAUAAUUGCAAUUGAAACUGAAAAGGAAAUUGAUUCAGCUAGAUUGCAAUAUAUUCCUGUAUCAAAUCAUUCAGCUAUAUUAUUUUUUUGUAUAAGUGAAUUAGCUGGAAUAAAUCCAAUGUAUCAAUAUUCGCUAGCAUGGUUUCAAAAUCUAUUCGUUAAUACUAUUUUGAAAGCACCAAAAUCUGAUGAUUUGCAGUUGCGUUUACAAAAUUUAAAUGACUACUUUACAAAAUCAAUUUAUCAAAAUGUUUGCCGAUCGUUAUUUGAACAAGAUAAAUUAGUUAUUUCAUUUGUUAUGUGCACUGGGAUUCUUUUAUCAAGAAAUAAAAUCGAUAAAGAACAUUUUAUAUUUUUGCUAACUGGUGGCAGAGUUUUCGAAAAUCCAAAUAAAAAUCCAGCUCCACAAUGGUUAUCCGAGAAAUCAUGGUUAGAAAUUGUACAAGCAAGUACAUUAAAAGGGCUUGAAAACCUGCAUAUACAUUUUUCAGAAAAUAUUGAUGAGUGGAAAAAGUUGUACGAAUCUACUACUCCAGAAGAAUUAAAAUUCCCGGCACCAUUUACGGAUGUUGAUCAGUUAAUGGGUUUAAUUUUAUUGAAAUGCAUUCGACCCGAUAAAAUUAUACCAGCGGCUAGGAGAUUUAUUACUAUGAAUAUGGAUAAAUCAUUUGUUGAACCUCCGCCUUUUGAUCUUCAUUCUUCAUUUGCUGAAAGUUCACCCACUGUUCCAUUAGUUUUUCUAUUAUCAUCUGGAUCUGAUCCAAUGGCAAGUUUAAUAAUGUAUGCAAAACAAAGAGAUAUGUAUGAUAAAACAAAAUUAAUUUCACUUGGACAGGGACAAGGUCCACGAGCCGAAAAAAUGAUUUAUGAGGGUGCAAAAGCGGGUGAAUGGGUUGUUUUGCAAAAUUGCCAUGUUGCAGAAAGCUGGAUGAAUGAAUUAGAAAGAAUAUGUAAUGAUUCAAGUUUAGCAAAUGCUCACGCAGAUUAUCGAUUAUGGUGUACUUCAUAUCCUAGUAAAGUUUUUCCAGUUUCGGUAUUACAAAAUAGUGUUAAAAUGACAAAUGAAUCGCCAAAAGGAUUGAAAAUGAAUAUGUUACGUUCAUAUAAUUCUGACCCCUUAGUGAGAGAUAAAUUUUUUAGUAAUGCUUUUUCCGGUGAUAUGGCAAAAUACUGGUUAAGGGGAGUUUUUGCAUUAGUCUUUUUUCAUGCUGUUAUACAAGAGAGAAGAGAAUUUGGUCAUUUGGGUUGGAAUAUACCAUACGAAUUUAAUGAGUCCGAUUUAAAAAUAUCUUUAAUGCAAUUAAAAAUGUUUAUUAAACAAACGGAAACUAUACCAUUUCGAGGUCAUGUAUAUCUAACUGGAGAAUGUAAUUAUGGUGGCAGGGUAACCGAUGACAAAGAUAGAAGAUUAAUAUUGUGUUUGCUUAAUAAUGUGUAUAAUCAAAAUUCAAUUGAUGUGGAUGAAUUUUGCUUAUCAGAUUCCGGAGAUUAUAAAAUUCCAUUAGUACCUAAUCGCUUAAAUAGCAUUGAAUAUAUAAGUAAUUUCCCUCUUAGUCCAAAUCCAGAGGUAUUUGGACUACAUGAAAAUGCCGAUAUAAGUAAAAAUACUAAAGAAACCCGCACGUUAUUAGACGGAGUAUUGCUUACUCAAACUUCCUUACUUGCAUCAACAAAAACUAGUAUAGGUAAAGAAAGAGAAGUGAUUGAUCCAAUAUAUCAAUUAUGUACAAACAUCCUGGAUCGACUGCCUGAUACGUUCAAUAUUAGAGAUAUAUCUUUAAAAUAUCCCGUAGUUUAUAACAAUUCAAUGAAUACGAUCUUGAGACAAGAAUUAAUAAGAUUCAAUAAACUUUUAGAUUAUAUCAGAAAAAGUCUUGUAAACGUUCAAAAAGCUAUUCAAGGAAAAAUAGCUAUGGUUCCUGAAUUAGAAAGAACUUAUAACUCAAUUAAUGUAGGAAAAUUACCAGCCGAUUGGUUGAAAAAAAGUUAUCCAUCUCUGAAACCACUUGGAAGUUACAUUAAUGAUUUAAUUACAAGAUUAUCAUUUUUCCAAAAUUGGGUGGAUAAUGGAGCGCCAGAUAUUUUUUGGAUAUCAGGGUUCUAUUUUACACAAUCGUUUCUAACUGGUAUAUUACAAAAUCAUGCUAGACGAAAUAAAUUUCAAAUUGAUUUAGUUGGAAUACGAUUUGAAGUAAUGCCUGGUGAUGAUGUAGGCGAGUCUGAUGAAUAUAGCACCUUCGUGAAAGGACUGUUUCUUGAGGGCGCAAGAUGGAAUCGAGAAUUGAUGCACUUAGAUGAAUCGUUACCAAAGAUACUAUUCGAUAUUAUUCCUGUAAUAAAAUUAAUACCUGAUUUAAGAUCUUCAGAACGAAUGAGAAAAAACGAUAAGCAAUAUGAAUGCCCCAUUUAUAAAACAAGUGAAAGGAAAGGCACACUAUCAACCACUGGUCAUUCGACGAAUUUCGUAAUGUAUAUUCAAUUAGACACGGUCGUUAAGCCAGAACAUUGGAUUAUUCGGGGCACAGCGUCAUUAUGCCAAUUAGAUGACUGAUUAAAGACUUAUUUAUUUUAAAAAUAAUUUAUA